GUGGCGCAGUCUUCACGCCUGUGAGUACACGGGACUCGGCUCCUGCCGACAACGCGCACUUUAUGGAAUGAACAGACGCGCUUCACGUCUCCCUUGCACUAAGCCCACAAACAACAAAACUCAACACGGAUCAUCGCCGUUUCAACAGCCACAAUUACCACCAGCACACACACGUUCAUUACCAAUCCUCGGAUCUCUCACUCGCUGUUGUUGUACUUGGAAUCGAAAAGAUGUCAGAUAUUGCUAUGCCAGAAGCUCCGGCUCUCCCGCCGGGCUCGGCCACUGGAUCAAAGAUCUUCAAUGAGGUGGUGUUUCAUAUCGUCACCAACGAUAAACUUUCGCAGGAAACAGCCGCAGAGUUAAAAGCCAUCCUGCUGGCCCAUGGCGCGACCGAAGCCCCAGUCAAACCUGCAACCGCCAGUUCCCGCGUUACGAUCGAUCUGGAAGAAUCUACUCACAUCAUUAGUGCCAACACCGAUUUUCCCGGAUACGCCGAUGCGGUAAAUCUAAUGAUCCCCGUGGUCACCCCCGAAUGGGUCAAACAUUCUGCCUUGAAGAAGCGGGUCGCCCAUGUACGACCCUUUACGCCCGACCCGAGGUUCUUCUUCUCGAACGUUGUUGCUACGGUUGCGGAGCUCCCACCCGGGGAUAAAGAGGCUAUUUGUGGAGGAAUUGUGGCCAUGGGGGGACAGUAUUCGCAUCAUUUGACGAAGUUUACGACGCACAUUGUAGCAUUGAACACCGACAACGAUAAAUGUCGCCAGGCCACCAACAAGAAACUUUCGCUGAAGAUCGUACUACCGCACUGGUUCGACGACUGCCUCAAGCUGGGCCGCCGGAUCGACGAAAAACCUUACGAGCUUCCGAACCCCGAAAUCGAAAGCCUCGGUGCUAAAGAUCCGAUUCCUACUCUGCAGAUCCCAGAUCUCCGGUACACGCAUGCCCAUCAGGGAGGACCUAUGAGCGGCGGCCCGCCGAAGCCACCGCGUGAGGGAUACAAUAUCUUCAAUGGGAAGCGGGUCAUGCUGGGACUGGACUUGAUGAUAAAUGACCGCCUUAGGGAAGUGAUUGUGGACAUCAUUACUCAGACUAAGGGAAAGGUCACCAGUGAUGUGGAUGAGGCAGAUGUUUACAUUGGACAGUAUCGCGAAGGAGAUGACUACGUUUUGGCUAGCCGGCGGAGUGCGCAUGUGGGAAAUCUUACAUGGCUCUACUGGAUGUUUGCACAUGGUGAAUGGACGAAUCCGUACGAUCGACUGUUACACUAUCCGAUUGUCAGGGGAGGAAUCCCGGGGAUGAAAGAUAAGGUGAUUACCGUGUCCAAUUACGGUGGCGAUGCCAGGAUGUAUCUUGAAAAUCUCAUCGAAGCCUGCGGGGCGAAGUUCACGAAGUCGAUGAAGGCAGACAAUACUCACCUUAUCACUGCAAGGGCCCACAGUGAGAAAUGCGACGCAGCGAAGGAAUGGAACAUCCACAUGGUGAACCACCUCUGGCUGGAGGACUCCUACGCCAGAUGGAAAGUGAUGACCAUAUCCGAUCCUAAGUACACACAUUUCCCCCGGCGCACGAAUCUGACGGAGGUUGUUGGCCAAACUCGGGUCGACCUUGCCACUAUCGUCCAGUUCUAUGAGGAGGAGGAGGAGGUGGAGGUGGAGGAAGAGGGAGAUACGUCGCCCAGUACUGCAGUUAUAAGCAGUACCGCAGUACAUUCUCCUCCGGCUACUGCUAUCGUGCAGCGUACGCCGGCUCCAACGAAGAAACGUAAAGUACGACCAGACCAGGACCAAAAUGAGGAGCCGCCUGCACCGCAUAGCACUGGUAGGAAAGCGAAAGAGAGAGCCACUGCGAGACUGCACAAUACUGUGAUGCCCGAUCUUGUGCUAUAUCAAAAGGAGCUUAAGCGGAAGGGUGGAGUGAUGGGCAAUGGUAGAAGCAGAGGGGGGAGUGUCGACAGUCCUGACAGUAAACGGGCUAAGUCGAGCGAUGCCGGAGAUGAAGUACCGGUCAAGAAGGGCAAAAAGCGCCCAAAGCCCACAAUUUUCCUUUUGAUUACUGCGUAUUCCGGCUGGUGGGAGAAUCCACAGAAGGAGGAUGCAGAAAAGAAAAUACUCGCAGAUCUCGGCAUCAAAUGCGUCGACGAUCCGGCGCAAUGCACAUAUCUCGCCGCACCACACUUGGUACGAACGGAGAAGUUCUGCUGUGCUCUAGCCCGUGCACCGGUUAUCGUAUCUAUAGGAUGGGUCGAAGCUUGCAUCAGCGAAGAGCGGGUUGUCAAGCCCGAUGAUUUCCUCCUCCAAGACCCCGUGAACGAAAAGCGGCUCGGAGUAAAGCUUGCAAAAUCCCUCGCGAGGGCGAAGGAAAAUAAUGGAAAACUCCUGGAAGGUCAGGCUGUGUACUGCACUCCUGGGGUCCAGGGCGGUGGCUACGAAGUUUUCAGAAAGAUCGUCGAGGCGAAUGGCGGUGUCUGUGUCUUGUUCCGGACGGCAAAACGACCUGCAAACGCCCCGGAUAGCGAUAAGUUGGUCUUACUUAGCGAUAGUGCAGCGGACAAGAAGCUGUGGCAAAAGUUCGAGGGCAUGGCUGCGAACGCGGAGAAAACGUGGUACAUCUAUAAGCCUGACUGGUUGCUCGAAACGGCGAUGAACCAGAAGGUGGUGUGGAGCGAUCGCUAUAAGAUCGAGGAGUAAAGCAUGGAUGGGGUCGGGUUAAUUUCAAGGAUAUCACUGGUGUGGUGUGGCAAACUUUUCUUGUCUCUCUGGUUGGGUUCUGGGCUGGAGUAUUAGUACUUGUACGGACGUCGGAGUGUGUAAUUUGCUGUAGAUAUGUAACUACAACUCUACCC